UUUUCCGCUGACACUUUUACUCUCAGGUUCGUUGUUUCUCCAGGGAUGAAGUGAGAAGCGAUGGGUCCUUCUCCAUGUUUCCUAACGCUCAAAAAAACUUUCUGACGGACCCCAUUGUCAUGUUUGUGGCUUAGCACUACUGUCAUCCGCACUUUUCUUUUACUCAAAAUCACAGAGAGCUUCUGUUUGCAUUGUUCUUUCUAUAAGCUCUGUGUCCAUACUAAGAAAUAUAGUCUGCAUUGUUCUUUCUAUAAGCUCUUUGACUGUAUUACCAUAAAGAGAGCUUUAAAAGUAAUACACUCUUUUUUUAUUAUAAGAACCUUUCUUUUAAGAACGUCCAGGCUGAGAUUUCACCAAAUUUUAAGAACAUGCUAAGAACAUGCCGAGGCUCAGAUAGCAUAAAAAUCUUUUUUUUUUUUAGUCCUGAUGCGUUGAAAAAUGCAGAAUCAAAUUGUGCUCAUAGUAAACAACCUUCAUAUUAUUGUUAUUGAUCAUUAGUGUAAUUCUCUUCCUAGUAAUUCAUUAGGUAUUAUAUUCUUAUAUACACUAAAAUUUAAGAACAUCGUUAAGAACAUAUUCAGCCUUAUUAAAAUGUCCCAACAUUAUGAACGGCCCAGCCUCAACUGGAAUUAGACGUUCUUAGAAAAAAAGAGUAACUAACCAUCGUUAUUACAAUUCCAUUGAUAUUAUUACUUUGCGGCUUUGGGAAUUUUGCGCAUUCUUUACAUGGAAUUACUUUAAGUGUUGACCAAUGGAAUAAUUUAUGGAUUUUAGAAAGCUGCAAUGUAGUUCAACGAUUGUAAUUGUAAGCGUGAGCUCACAAGAUACACAAAAUAACAGAACCCUUUGACAUAGCCCAUUGAAAAUACGUAGACGUAGAAGCCUACGUGUGUCCGUAAGUUGUGUUAGCAUUCGUAUGGCGCUCAAGGACUAACGCUACUUCAUAUCGGCGCCAGCUGAAAACUAAAUCAUUUCCGUGAGCUUGACGCCGUACUCGAGGUUUUUGAUUUCCAUAGCAAACAAGGUAUGUAUUACCGUAACCAAACAAAUAACGGCGAAAAAAAAAGCGCGCGAUUUAUUGCUUAUUGCAACAAAUUACGGCAAAAAGAAAGCGCGAGAUUUAUUGCUUAUUGCAACCAUACGGCGAAAAGAAAGCGCGCGAUUUAUUGCUCAUUGCAACAAAUUACGGCGAACAAAAAGCGCACGGUUUUUUGCUUAUUGCAUGCGCGUUUCAGUUUUCCACCUCAAUUUUUUAUUUUCGUUUUCUUAAACUGACGAUGCAGUGAAAAGUAAAUGAAAUAAUCUGGAAAAUACUUGUUCGUUAUAAAUAAAAUCAUAUCAAACACUAACUAUUUCUCUUUAUUGUUGGGAUUUCUCAAUUUUAUCAAAGGGGGGAUUUUAUCAAACUAGAUUUCCUUACUUGUACAUGCUUCUUAGAGCUUCAUGAGAAUAAGGCAUGUCUCCUAUUUCUUAGUAUCCAGAAGAAGCAUAUAUAAGAUUUUCUUAACAUGUUUGUAGGUAGUGGAUUAAAACUCUUGUGUAUAUACUAUGAAACUCCAUUCUAUUUCACGUAUUUUAUUUUUGUAUAAUCACGGAAUUGUAUGUGUCGAAUAGACUGAAUAAAAAGAGAUUGCAUAUUUCCUGUUUAUUUGCUUCCAUAAUUUGAUUGUAUUAUACUCCUCUAUUUUCCUUGACCUUUUUGCCCAAGCCUUUUAGAACAAAUAUUAGUGAAUGAUUGAUUACACAUUUUGUUUUUCAUUUUUUUACAUCUUUUUAAUUUUUUUUCUGUAGCAAAUUGUAUCUUUGUCGGACAUUUAGCGUUGGCGAUAAAUAAUGAUUAUAUCAUCGGUUUUAUUAUUAGCCCUCUUUACGUUACUAUGAAGUAUCUGCGGGAGCCAAUAGUUUAGAAAAAUAAAAUCGCCUGACAAUGGGGCUACUGUUUUACAGGCCUUGAAAAAAUGAAACUCGUAAUUUCGCAUUUCGUCCCAAAUACCACAAAUUGUUAUUGUUUUUACAGUAAUAAGAUUAGUCUUUCACUUGACUUUUACUGACAGGCAGGUGGGCGCGCGUGGGUAAAUAGACCGGUGUAAUGCCGUAUAAACCGGAAAAACAUGAUUAACAGUUUUCAUGGAUAAUACAAUAUAAAUAAUUAGAGCUUAUUUAAAACACAAGAAUAUUUUUACAAGUUUAGCUUGAUACCUCAAAGCACCUUUAUUGUUAUGGUUCGCUUUCUCUGUCCCUUUACUUUUCUACGAACCACUGCAAAUGAGAGUAGUAGAACUUGCUUCGUGGGAAAGCUGUUUUUCGAGUCGGUGAACAAGCUGUGAGAAUUGUACCGAGUCCUGUGGUGGUUUUAGUGCGAACUUGGCAUUUUACGCGGGCCCGUAGUACGUUGCGCGUGGGUGCUGCGGUGUUCUCCUACACGCGGCUCUUUAACGAGUUGUUGAAAAGACCUUGAUCUAGUGGUUAGCCUCAAUGAGGCGGCACCUAGCAUCGGUUCUUUUCUACUAAGCGCAUUUCUGUUGCUAGCCUAAGUGCAAAGCAAACAACAAGAGCGAAGUAAGCAUAUAUGGGUGUCACAGAAGGGCGUGCGGAUUAGCUCAUGUUAUCCAAUAAAUACAUCCGUAUGCUGACAGGUUUUCGGCUCGUUUUAAUGACCGAUGUUGGUUCAGUUGGAUCGGUUCGUUUUAUAACCUGUAAUAACUAGUUAAUUGGAUUUCAUUCGCACAUAACAGAAGAGUUUUAAGUUAAGAAAAAUGCAACACAACCGCAAAGGAUUUGGAAAAACGAAACACUAAUAUAACCACAGGAAAAGGCGGGGGGGAAAUCUGCUGAAAAAGGACAAAGAGGCUCUAAAAACUAUUGUUUGGAUUUGCAAAUUUUAAGCGAUCGAAAACCCCAAAGAAAACCGUCGCCGCCUCCUGACACCUGUGUCCACAAAAAGUAAAUAUAAUCGUAUUUGCAGCUUGUAUCCCAUAGGGUUACAUCGCCAGUGAACGAGCAAUCGGAGAAUUCAACAAGGAUAGUGAGGGUAAAAUACGCGUUCCACUGGCCGUAGAAUGAUACACCAUUUGAGGCGUGUUAACAUACUCCGGGAUAAUUCACAAGUUCUUUCAUAAAAGGAAAUACACACGAAGCUGUUAACACAUUCCGCAAAGAUAACGAUGGAUGUCAGCACAGUCGGGCGAGAACUUGAAAGCUACAUAAAUAGUAAGCUACAUGCGGCUACUUUCGUCCCUAACGACAUUGCCCUUAACAGCAAGAGAAGCAUCCACGCAAGCCCUAACGCUAUAAGAUCAUUACAAGGGACAGAACAACAAGGACACCAAUACGUGACCCUGACCAGUCUCCUAAGCCAAGACGUCCCUUACGGCGCAAUGCUCCUCGAGUUCCCUUCAAGCUCCAACACUAGUUUAGAGUUUGUAAACAGCGAGAGAUUUCUCAUUUACGAUUUCCCUCCACCAGCGGCGAUAUACAACGAGUACCUGUUACCACUUAGGGCGUGUCCGGUGGCGGGGGACAGUAUCCCCUUACUCCUCCGCGGGGCCCCUAGCCACUCCCUAAGCCAACACUGGUUAAAAUGGGUACCAGGUUUCACUCCGCCAUUUAUCAAGCAUAUACAUGAGGUUAUGGAUUAUGACGACAUAGUGACGUCAUUUCCGCAUCAAAUGAUCCCCUCCUGCAAGCAUGCAGUCGACCCGGAAGUACAUUAUAAGUUGCUGUCGAAAAACAGCAUCCCCGAGAUGGGGGCACAUACUCCGCAUCACAUGACCAUGGAAAACCACGCCCUGCCGUGUAUGGUAAAGGCCGCACACGGAAAAGGCACCAAGGGCACAUUUAAAGCAGACACGGAGCAAGAACUGGAACAGAUCUUGGUCGAGCUGCGAAAUAAUCUUCAGCGAUGUGAGCCUCCUAUACUAACGGAGGUCAUCGAGGACAUUGAUGGAAAUUACUGUUUACAGUUCUAUCUGCAUAAGUCCGGGGAGAUUUAUUGGCUGGGUGUGACUACCCAAAUUAUGGGUGAUAAAUUUGUGUGGGGUGGUGGGGUGGUGGAUUGGACGAAGCAAUUGUACCUCAGGGGGCUCCUGUGGGGCACGAUUUGUCCUGUAAAGGAGUACCUGCACAAGCAAGGGUAUUUUGGAAUAGUUGGGAUCGAUGUGUUGACGAGUAAGAGAGGCAAGUUCGUAAUCGAUGUGAACCCGAGGAUCAACGGGACGACGCCUCAACUCUUUCUUGCGCCGCGUAUGGCAGACCUCGGUUAUGGGUUGUCUGUGUACAUCGCAGAUGGGAGGUUCUUGUGCACUUCAGAGAGCCUGGUACAGAGGGCAGAUGUAUUGAAUUCUACAGGGGAGGUCAGGGUAGUGGUUUUGUCUUCAGCUGACAUAAGGGAUGGGUGUGAGGCACACGUGGUCGUGUUUGGUGAAUCUGAAGAAAAGGCGAGUGAAGGCUUUAAAAGGUUGAAAAAAUGUCGCUUAUAACUCUUACUAGGUUUUAGCUCUUUUUUUAGUCUUGUCAGUAUCUAUAGAAUCAAUAUGGCGUGUAAUAAAUGGUUGGCCAACAGAAAAAAA